AAAAUUAAUGCAUCCCUGAAGGCCCUGCCUACAUUCAAACCUGGUGGCCCAACCCCAGCUAAGGGUAUCAGAGCAUUUUUGGCAGCACUGAUGACCAUGAGAUGGGGCUCAGAUGAUUCACAAGGGUCCAGAGGACGCCCUGGCCUAGGUAACCCCAUGAGCGCAGCCUUGCAGAUGACGGCGUUCAGUCUUGCUCUUCUCUCAGCUCUCUUCCUGAUUCUUGCCACAUGCACUGACUGUUGGAUGGUGAAUGCUGAUGACAGCUUGGAGGUAAGUCACAAAUGCCGGGGGCUUUGGAGGGAGUGUGUCACCAACAUGCAGGACGGGGUCAGGACCUGUGACCAGUAUGACUCCAUUUUGGCUGACCAUCCAGUGAAGAUUGUGGUGACGCGGACCCUGCUGAUCACAGCAGACCUCCUGGCUGGCCUGGCUCUGGCUACGUUGCUCCUUGGGCUCGACUGCAUCAAGUUCCUCAAGGAAGAUCCUCAUGUCAAACUGAAGAUGUGCUAUGGGGCCGGUGUCAUCCUUGGCAUUGGGAGCAUCCUGGGCCUUGUGGGCUCUGUGUGGUACGCAGUGGACGUCUACGUGGAGAGGGCCAAGUUGGUGUCGCACAAUAUAUUCCUGGGAGUCCAUUACGACUUCGGGUGGUCGUGCUGGCUGGGGAUGGCUGGCUCCAUGGGCUGCUUCGUGGCAUCCAUCCUGCUGACAUGCUGCCUCUCUGCCUGCACAGACCCUAACAGCCACUGGCAACCCCAGAGGUUUCCCCGGCCCCGGGGCCGAACAGCCACCAGCAAGAUGUACACCAUGGAUUCACGUGUGUGAUGGGCAGCAGCACCUCUCGCACCCGGCCCCGCUGUGGAACGCCCUCCCCGCCCCAGACUGACCCCAUUAAAGCACCAUCACCUACACUGGGACAUCUCUGCGAUCACUUUAAGGCUCUGAUUGCAGGGUCCACGCGAGCUGUAGCAUCAGCGGCUGCAAAAAAGCAAGGGGGCUGCAGAAGUCACCUGCAGCAGAGGUUUAUUUUUUCCCACUUCCUGCCAGGUUUCAUGAAAAUAAGCCCCAUAAAAGCAUUGCUUUAAGGAAAGAUGCCCCCCAAGUUCCCUGGGGAAGCUGUUAGGACACUGAGGGCAAAGGAGCUACUCCGACAUUGCUCAGCCACUAGCUUUGGAGGAAGUUAGUGGAAAGCCUUUUCUGCACAGAGCAACACUGACUCCACAUGGCUGGUGACCCUGAUGGCUCACACACCAGCCCUGCUGGAAACCGCGCCUUCGCUCAGAAAUCCAGCAGCACAAGGUUUGCAUUUAAAACCUGGGUAAGGCUAACAGCCUGGAGCAUUCAUUAAUGCUGUCGUGGGGGGAUCAGUGGAGGAACGCCGUAGCCAUAUGGGUCAGGCACAAGGAGGCGAGUCAGUUUGAAGACUAAUGGAGGUGCUCUACCUGCAAGGUUGAGUUUUUAAGUCCACAGAAAGAGGGAAUUCUGUUUUCCAAGUAAAUUAUUAUCCUUCUUCAUUUGCAAACCAUUAUGAAAACAAACCAGAACCCCAAACCACUAACAACCUCGUUGCAAUUGCUGACUGCUUAGCCUUUGUACUUAUCCCUCACUUCCCACCCAAAGGUUAGCACACAGAAACCGUGUCAGGGCAGGGGGGCUGGGCAGAGCUCCCCACGAUGGGCUUUGUGACCCCAAAAGGCAGCAGACCAAGCCUCUGGCCUGAGCAGAUAUUGCUGUGGGGCUGCAGACAGUCCCCGCAACGGCAAAGUGCAGAAGAGACUGGCAGGAGCACUUUUGUACCCUAGGCAGGCUGCAAAAGGCCUACACCCCCAAACCAGAGGAGUUGCAAGGGUCCUCCCAAGCCGUGUCCCCGGGGAAGAUGGGGACAUCGUUUCCAAUCUCACACGAAGCUGGAAGGCAGCAAACCUGUUGCUUUAUUGCAGCUCCCCGCUUCGGGUGGGACGCAGGAACACCGCUGGGCAGCUGUUGUGUCCUGCAGCAUGGGAGCACGUCUGCCCAUAUCAUUAGUAUAGGUUAAAGCAAUGCCCCAGGGACCUGAAAAAUGAAGAAAUCUGAUCACUAAAGCUGUGUAACAAAUACAGAGCAUGACUGGCCCUUUGCUGUUAAACAGCAGGAUGGCUGUGGCCCAAAGGACGGGCAGUCAGAAGCCUGGUAGAAGAUAUUUAGAGCAAAACUCAACAGCUCUGGGCGUUUCAUGGCCGGCAAUUGAGCACACAGGAAAACAAUUAAAACCAGCAAGAAUUUGCAUGAUGUGGGGGUAGAGCUCAUUAGCGCAUGGAAAGGGAAGCUCUCAGAAGCUGCCAUCAGACAACCACACCCCACCCACUGGGUGCUCCUCGAUGGCAGUCCCAGUUGUUACUGGUAAUUUAUGAUGAGUAUUGUAAUGGGGCCAGGCGGCCCAGCCAGCAGCAGCAGCUCAGGUGCUGGUGGAUAAGCCCUGGCACUCACCCAGCUCCCCCAGAGGCACAGGCAGAGCUGGGUUUGCUGGGGGUGCAGCCAUCUCCCUGCCCCUCAGCCCCGGGGUCGGUCACCCCUGGGACACCAGAAGUGUCAGUACCUAAGCAGCCUUCCAGACAGCAGCGCUCUGCGCUUCCCCAGAGCCGAGCACGCAGGUGAACCAAACCCGCGAGACUCUGUGUCAAGAACCCAGAGUCAAUGCCAAGAACCUGCAUUUCCCCUGGUUUUCCCUCAAUUCCCCUUCCCACGCACCAGGAGCAAGACACCAGCAAGUCUUGCAGCAACUCGCUUGUAAAGACAUCACAGCUGUGUUGGAGGAAGUCAAGAGCAGCCGUGCUCCGCGCAUCUCCAGUGACAAGUUUUGGGUGGGUUUUUGUUUGGUUGGUUUUUUUAAGCACCCUCACUUCACCUCAGUUUUGUGACAGCCAUAUGCCAGGGCAGACACAGUUGAGCCACUCCAGCAAAAAACUCUCAGGAAUGCACCAGCCUGACACUAAGCACCUCCUCUCUUCACCCUCCAAGAGCCUUGCCACCCACUUGGA